AUCAGAUUCUUACAAUCCUUUCGAGAUUUCAACACCAAUCUAUAUCACAAUGUCCUCAACCAAACCAGUCUUCGUUCUUGUUCCGGGCUCUUUCACUGAGCCCACUUGGUACGAAAAAGUUACGCCUUUCCUCUCAAAGCGGGACACGAAUGGGUGAACGCACCUCUUCCCUCAGCCAAUUCCGAAGGAAAGCACACAGUGCCCCCAACGAUGCAGGACGACGCCGCAUCCAUCAAGAAAGUGAUUUCUGGUGUCGUAGACAGUGGGAAAGAGGUUGUUGUCGUGAUGAGCAGCUAUGGUGGGUAUCCUGGCACUGAAGCCACUGAAGGAUUGGGGAAAGUCGACCUUCAGAAGCAAGGAAGGCGGGGUGGUGUUGUGGCUUUGGUUUAUGUUGCUAGCUGGAUGCCUGUGGUGGGAAAGAGCAUUUUCACGUUGCAGGAGGAACCGGAGAUGCUGAAGAAUGCAGGAGAAUACACUUACAUGCCUGGUGGCGACUUCUACAAAUACCUGUUUCCAGAUCUUCCAGAAGAAGAAGCGAAGAGAUAUACCGCCCAGCUUGAGAAUCAUUCCACUGCUUGCUGGCAUGGUGUCCUCACUUAUCCGGGAUAUAAAUUCAUCCCCACGACUUGUUUGAUCCCGGAUAGUGAUUUUAUCAUUGCGACGGACAUUCAGAAGGAACAAGUUGCGAGGGAGGAGAGGGAGGGCGUGAAGAUUGCUGCGCAUGAGUUGAAGGGUGUUGGACAUGCGCCGAUAAUCACUAUUCCUGGUAAGGUAGCGGAACUUCUGAUUGAUGCUGCAAAGGUCAGCUAAAGACAUGCGGUGAGUUGGCUGUUGAGCUCAGCGAACGCGGGGAAGGCAAUGAAAAGAAACGCCCCGAGCUUUCUUUCUUUCCUGCAAAG